AUGACUCCCCAUACAGUGCUUCUGGCUACUACGAAACCCUUUGCGAGGGACGCUGUAGGCGCUAUCAAGACUAUAUGUGAAGAGCACGGUCUUGUAUUCGAGAAGCUGGAAGGGUAUAAGGAUCGAGCUGAGCUGUACGAGGCAGUGGCCACAGCCGAAGCCUGCAUUGUUCGCAGUGAUGUUUGCGACGAAGAAUUUUUCUCCCAUGCUAAGAACUUGAAAGUUCUGGUACGCGCUGGUGCGGGUGUGGACGCAAUAGACCUGCCAGCAGCCACAAAUCACGGAGUUUGCGUCCAGAACACUCCGGGACAGAAUUCUAAUGCGGUCGCGGAGUUGGUCUUUGGCAUGCUUCUAGCGCAUAAAAGGAAUUAUUUCGACGGCAACUCUGGAACAGAGAUUAGAGGAAGCAGUCUUGGAUUGUACGGCUGUGGCAACGUGUCGCGAUUCGUGAUUCUGGCAGCCCAAGGCUUUGGCAUGGACAUUUAUGCUUAUGACCCAUUUCUUACUCCAGAUCAAAUCGCGGACCUGGGGGCAGAACCACUUUAUGAUGUGCCCUCAAUUUUUAAAUGCGACGUUGUUUCCCUCCAUGUGCCGGCCACCAGAGAGACUAAGCAAUCGAUUGAUGGGAAGCUGCUGAGGUCGAUGCCUAAAGGAGGAGUUCUCAUUAAUACUGCAAGGAAGAAUAUCAUACGAGAGGCGGACCUGCUGAAGGCGUUGGUCGAACGUCCUGAUCUCAGUUAUCUGGCAGAUGAUAAGCCGGAGAAUACUGAGGAGAUCAAGGAGAGCCUUGGUGAGGCCCGUGUUAAGAAACAAUUCCUGGUUACUCCUAAGAAGAUGGGAGCUCAGACGGCCCAGGCCAACAGUAAUUCUGGUAUCGCUGCCGCCAAGCAGAUUGUAGAGUUUUUCAGAGGCGGUCUCGUUAAGCAUCAAGUUAAUAUUAAUGGCAAGCACUUUUGAAGCUAGCUAGCCCUCCGACUGCGCUAUCCUGAAAUGGGCGUAUGCACGUUUUUCCGGGCUCGCCAAUUUUGACGUAGUUAUAACCGGAUCUGGUAUAAUGGAGUAU